CCCCCGGGAUGGGCUCUCCCCCCGCCGCCCUGGCGCUGCUGGGUCUCGCCGCCGCCUGUGCCGCGGUGCCGCUGCCGCUGCCCGACGCCGGCCCGCACGUCAACUACGGCUGGGGGGAACCCAUCCGGCUGCGGCACCUCUACACCGCCAGCAAGCACGGGCUCUUCAGCUGCUUCCUCCGCAUCGGCGGCGACGGCAGGGUGGAUGCGGCCGGGAGCCAGAGCCCGCAGAGUCUGCUGGAGAUCCGCGCCGUGGCCGUGCGCACCGUGGCCAUCAAGGGCGUGCGGAGCUCCCGGUACCUCUGCAUGGACGAGACGGGGAGGCUGCACGGGCAGCUCAGGUAUUCCACUGAGGACUGUUCCUUUGAGGAGGAGAUCCGCCCAGACGGCUACAACGUGUACAGGUCCAAAAAAUACGGAAUAUCGGUGUCCUUGAGUAGCGCCAAGCAAAGGCAACAGUUCAAGGGAAAAGAUUUUCUCCCACUGUCUCAUUUCUUACCCAUGAUCAACACUGUGCCCAUGGAGUCCACAGACUUUGGGGAAUACGGGGAUUACAGCCAGGCCUUUGAGCCAGAGGUGUAUUCCUCGCCUCUGGAAACGGACAGCAUGGACCCCUUUGGCAUCAGCUCCAAACUGUCCCCGGUGAAGAGCCCCAGCUUUCAGAAAUGACUCUGAUCACACACAGGUUUUUACAGAAAUGUUGCAGAGUACUUUUUUUUAGCGUUUCAUGUAGUAAUAUUUGGAACUUUUUUGUACAGGGCCAGCCUUUUCCUUGCAAUGUGUUGUACCUGUGAGAGAUGAGUGCCAAGAGGCUGUUCUGUAGCCUAAAGAAUUGCCUAUCCAUAGUUUUGUUUGGAAAAGAAGGGUUAAAGGGGAAAAGCUUAGCAGCUUCACCAGAAUUCCUCCAU